AAAAAUUUAGAGGUGAAAGACACCCUCUCAUCAAACUCAACAUUCUCAUUCUCAGUUUGUGUUUUGGUUAGUGAUCCAUUCCGAAGAUGGACGACGAAUUGGCAGAGUUGCAGAGACAAUUCGAGUUCGUGCAGGAAGCAAAGUCCAGCGUCAGGUUGUCGGAGCGAAAUGUCGUCGAAUUGGUCCAAAAGCUUCAAGAACUCCGCAUCAUCGAUUUCGACCUUCUCCACACUGUCUCCGGCAAAGAGUACAUCACUCCUGAGCAAUUGAGGCAUGAGAUUGUGGCAGAAAUUGAUAAAUUAGGGCGUGUUUCUUUGAUUGAUUUGGCUGAUACUAUUGGGGUUGAUUUGUACUAUGUUGAGAAACAAGCUCACCAAAUUGUUUCGGAAGAACCGGGUUUAAUGUUUAUUCAGGGAGAAAUUAUAUCACAAUCUUAUUGGGAUUCUGUUGCUGAAGAAGUGAAUGAUAGACUUCAAGAAUGUAGUCAAAUUGCUUUGGCUGAGCUCGCAGCACAGUUGCAAGUGGGUUCGGAAUUGAUUGCUUCAAUGUUGGAACCACGACUUGGGACUUUGGUGAAAGGUAGGCUUGAAGGUGGGCAAUUGUAUACCCCUGCUUAUGUUGCUCGUGUUAGUGCCAUGGUUCGUGGUGCUUCUCGAGCUAUCACUGUUCCGACGAAUUUGUCCGUAGUCUGGACUUCUUUGCAGCAAUUGCUGCAAGAGAUGGAUGGAACAAGUGGUGUAGCUGUUGAUAGCUCAUUUUUCCAAUCUCUUUUUAAUGGACUUCUCAAGGAAGGCGAGAUUCUUGGAUCACUUCGAGCUGGAGUUCAUUGGACACCCACUGUCUUUGCAGUUGCUCAAAAGGAAGGUGUUGAUUCUUUUUUCUCGCAGAAUUCUUUCAUCAGUUACGGGGUUCUUCAAAACCUUGGCAUUCCCCAGCCUCCUCAAUAUCUGAAGUCCAGGUAUCCUGAAGGUAUAGCUUUAAUUGAUGUGUUCGUCCAUCCCUCGUUGAUUGAUAUGCUGGAUGCUGCUACUGAGGAUGCUCUUGAACGUGGUAGCUGGAUUGAUGCUCUUUCAGUAUUACCGGCAUCCUUUGGGUUUCAAGACGCAUCCAAACUUUUGUCGCUUUGUCCUUCAGUUCAGUUAGCAGGAAAGUCUAAUAAGGCAGUAAUCUUUGGAGAGUCCUAUCUAUUUAGUGAUGGUUUUCUCAAGGCUGUGUAUGAUCGACUGGAGAAGGAUAUGGAAUCUUUUAGUGUUUCAGGGUCUUCUGGGGUUGUGCUGUCAAAUGUUUUAUCUGAUACUAAAAUUGGACACGAUACAAGCAGGAUUACAGAUUCAAAUGAAACUGUUAAUGAGAUGAGUAGUAUUAAACAAACAACUGAGAAAGGAUCAAAGAAGAAAAGAGGUAAAUCUUCUGGGACGGCAGCAGUGAGUGCAACAGAGAAUAGUGUGAAUGUGCAGGAAAAUCUUACAUCAAAAUCAAAGAAAAGUCAGAAGAAAGGCAAGGAUACAUCUUUGCAAUUUUCAGAUUCAAAAGCUUCUGUGAAGAAAGAAUCAGUAAAAAUAAAAGAGGAGAAUAGCAACAUUCCUUCAGAAGAAUGGAUAAUGCAGAAAAUCUCAGUCCUGGCUUCUGAUUUUGAAGAACAAGGUAUUGAUGAUCCGGAGACAGUUAUUAGACCUUUAGCAAACUAUUUAAGACCUAAGCUAGUCGAAUUUUGGAAGCAGAGAAGGAAGGCAUUGUUUACAGAAAACGCAGAGAAAAUGAAGAGCGUGCUCGACAAUUUGCAAAAGAAACUUGAUGAGUCCUUCUUGAACAUGCAGUUGUAUGAGAAAGCCUUGGAUUUGUUUGAAGAUGAUCAAUCGAGUUCUGUCAUUUUGCACAGGCACUUGUUAAGAACAACAGCUGCAGCUAUUGCAGACACACUCAUCUAUAACUUGGAUAUGCACACCAAAUUAAAGAGUGGAGUUGAAGUUGAAGAAUCUCAGAAUUCAGAUUCUGUUUCACUUAGUUCUGGAGAACGAAUUGCCAUUGUGAAGAGUUUUCCUGGAUCUCUAUCAAAUAUAGCUUUUACUGUAGUUGAAGCUCUAGAAGGAAAGCAGCGGGUGGACACAUUCAUGACUGCGCUAAGAGCUCUUGCAGAAGAGAGUGGAUUAAACUUAAGAAAGCUUGACAAGAAAUUGGAAAGAACACUUCUGCAUUCAUAUCGCAAGGAUUUGAUAUCUCAAGUGUCAGCCGAAACGGAUCCAGUUUCUCUUCUACCUAAAGUUGUUUCCCUGCUUUAUAUACAGCUUCAUCAUAAAGCCCUGCAAGCUCCUGGAAGGGCAAUUUCUGUUGCUAUUACUCAGUUGAAGGAUAAAUUAGAUGAUUCAGCCUACAAGAUCCUAACGGAGUACCAAGCAGCAACCGUCACCCUUUUGGCGCUAAUAUCUGCUUCAACUGGCGAUGAAGAGGAUUGUACUUCUGAUAGAAUUUUAAGCAAACGGGAGCUUCUGGAGAGCAAAAUGCCAGCGCUGAAGGGCCUAGUUUUAAGCGCCUCUCAAUCCUAAGCGCAGCACAUAUCAUAAAGGGCCAAAAGGCCCAAAACUGUCUAAUCUAAUACUGAGUUUACCUUUUGAGAAAAUAGCAAGAAAUGCACUUCUUUUUUGGGCUCGAAGGUGCAAGUCUGUUGGGUUGAUUGUUUAUUCCAACCCAUAAAUCUAGGAGACAGUACAUAUGAACUAUCCUGUAGAUACUAGUUUCUUUAAGUUAUAGUUUCCCUUUUCGAGAUGUUUCUCAGCGUUAGAUUUUGCUGGAACGGAUUCUCCUGGCCUUUUAGUGAUGUAAUGGAUUUAGUAUUUAUUUAGGGAAAGUUUCAGAAUU